GCUAGCUGUUGCUAUCUCCAUGAAAGUCAGGGCAAAGCUCAGAGCCACUAAGAGAUGGUGAGAGGACGGCACUGGGGAUUAUCCGCUCAGGGAAUACAAUACGUUUACAGCCCAUUAAGUUGGAUAAACAAAUGUCUUACUGAAGGAGAUGCUGAGCGUCAUGGACAGCAAGAGGAAAACAUUAAAAGAUCAAUAACUCCAGAGGGGCUGUGGUGGAGCAUUAAUGGGAUGCCAUGAAAUUUACUUGAAGACGCCAACAGCCUACUUCAGUGCAACCCUUGUCUGGAACUCAGUUGAUGUGGAGGACCAGUGGUGUAUCAGACACUGGGCAAGAUGGGUAAUGCCAUGCGGGGCGUCGUUGCCUUCAUUCCCUCAGAACGCUGUCAACGCUUUCUCGUGGGGGACCUGAAGGAAAUGCCGCUUGAUCGGACCCUGGACCUGAGCAGCCGGCAGUUGCGUCGGCUGCCUGUUGCUGCCUGUGCCUUCGAUGAGCUGGUGAAGCUUUACCUGAGUGACAACAACCUCAGCAGCUUACCGGCUGAACUGCAGGGCCUAAAGAAGCUGCAGCUCUUAGCCCUUGACUUUAACUGCUUCGAAGAGCUCCCUGCAGCUGUUUGCAGAUUGCCCCAGCUCAGCAUCCUUUACCUGGGUAACAACAAGCUUUACAGCCUCCCCAGAGAACUGAGAGACCUCAAGGAACUUAAUACUCUGUGGCUGGAGACUAAUUGCUUCACUGUUUUCCCACAGGUGGUUUGUGAGCUACCUAAUCUAAAGACCCUGCAUCUUGGUUAUAACCAGAUAGAGAGUUUACCAACAGAGCUAAGAGGGCUGGAAGAGCUUCGAAGUAUCUGGCUUGCUGGGAACCAACUGGCAGCGUUCCCACCAGUGUUGCUGGAAAUGCACUUUUUAGCUGUCAUUGAUGUGGAUCGGAACAAAAUACGCUACUUCCCCGGCCUGUCUCAUAUGCAGGGGUUGAAACUUGUCAUCUAUGACCACAACCCCUGUGUUAAUGCCCCGGUAGUGGGCGAGGAAGUCAGAAGAGUCGGGCGGUGGGCGGACUGCCCAGAUGAAGUGCAGGAGGACGAUGGGUCUAAAGCAGCAAGUGAGACUGCAGUGGAGGUCACGGAGGUACACCCCGAGGACGAGCACAGCAUUUAGGGUCAAGGAACAAAGUGACCUUCUGCCUGGGAGAGGCCUCUCUGUACAGGACGACGUUCAAGUGGAACACUUAAAGCCGAGUGGUGUGUUGUACAUCAGGCGGAUGGCAUUUGGUCCAUAUACGGCAAAGCCAAGUUGUUGUACAAGUUGUACACAAACUUAAAACCAAUUUGAAACCAGAAAUAAAAAAGUGUUUAACAUGAUUGGUUAUUUACACUGUAUGAACUGUUAGUGUCUUAUUUGAUUUAGUAAAACUCUAUAUAUGAUUUCAAAUGAUUAGCUGCAGCAACAGUGAUGUAAAUUGCUAAAAAAAUCAGUCAGUCUAAAUGUCUUAAACUAUUUUAUCCUAUGGUACAAGACAUAAACUAUCUUUACAUAUAUUACAGGUUGUAGGACAUCUGGGAGAUGAAAACAGUGCAUGUAUUUCUACUUGAUAAAUAUUGGUGGUGUGUAUAUGCACAACACUUUUCUAUUAAAUUGACUAUAUGGCGUUGGUCAGCAUAGCAGGGAUUGAGUAAAAGAAAAGGAUCAUUACACAGAUUCUUGUUCAAGCAGCGUCUGAGAUAAUAUCUGUACCUGCUGAGGCUAAGUACAGUGAGGUUUUUAAUACAAGUGAUGGAUGGUUUGAAUCAAUUAGUGCACUCCGUAUCCAGACCAAUGCAUAAUUCAUCAGAUAGAUUGGGGCUGUGGCUUUGAAUAGAGGCUGCUAAUGGGCCUUAAUAUCACCGCCAUACAGUUUGGAUCCGAAACAGAUCGUAAAUGCAAUUCUCCAGUUCCUCAGCGUACCAGGAAAAUGUUCUGUAAACAAGAUAAGAUGUUGUUCCACGGUGUAUCUUUUGAGGCAUUUUGAAUCCUUUUUAGCAAAGCGUAUAAAGGGAUUAAAAUGAUUUGCAUACAAGUCUUCUAACUGGAAAUGUGAUGAUUGUGAACACACUGAACUACUGUA